AUGCCCCAGUGGGGAUCAAACUCACACCUGCUGGGUGCCAUCCAAGUAUUCUACCACGGAGUUACACCGGAGCUGCGAGAGGAGAACAAGGUUGACGGAGACCCCAGACCUCCUGUCAGCAGCCCACGGCGCCCCGGAAUAGACCAGGAGGACGCGUCGCGCGCAACAACCAUGCACGAGAUCCGCGGUUGUUGGGUGGACACCCGUUCGAAUUCAUCUGCAGCUGAUGAACUACUUGACGACACGGAUGAUGCAAGCGACGAAGCUACACAGAACUGGGAAGAUGGCCUUGAACUAUGCCGCGCAUUGCCAGGGCCGAAGCCUGAACCCUCCGGCAGCACUGGCAUCGCCAUGAGCUUGCUGUCCGUGCGGGGUCCGCUUAGCGCAGCUCAAGCACGCACGCAGUAUAACUCGGUGCGCAAAAAGUGGUUCAAGGAAUACUACUUGGACAUCGGCACCAACUUCUUCACUUUGCCUUCAUUGGGUUGGACGAAGGGAAUUGCUCAGAGUGUCUGGAACAUCAAUACUGUCGACCUGGUUGGCCGUGUUGACCUGGGUCUGCUCCCUCCGGGUGUCGAGGUGCGGCCGGGUAUCUGCGAUCAACGACCAGCCUGGUUGGACUCCGAUGGCACGCCUAUGUUUCUGGGUCCAGACACAGCAUACAGCAUUUUGGCCGGAGCCAACCUCUCGGUGUCCACGGUGGAAGCAUUUCCAUACGGCUUCCCGCGAGACUUCUCGGUGCUGGCCACGUUUCGCAUGCAACAGAAUACGCAAGGCUACCUGCUCGCCGUCUACGACUGGGAUGACGAGGAGCAGUUGACACUGCACGUGGGCGAGAACUUGACUUUCGCGCUGCGGUCCGACAGUAGCAACGCAAGCACCGUCUACUCGGCAGUAUUCACUGAGCCUUUCAACGACGGAAAGUGGCAUCGUAUGGGGCUGAGCGUGAAAGGCGACGCAGUCACCCUGGUCAAGGACUGCGUGGUGCGCGAGACUGAGGAGAUGGCCCGCUCCGACGACGUACUUGUCGACACUUCGGGAGUCACUCUAGUCGGACAGGCAUUGAACAUCACUGUCGAUCCCUUCCAGGGAGACCUACAGCAACUGCUUAUAGUCCACGCUCCAGACGCGGCUUACGAGUUGUGCAGUAGGUAUGUUCCUGGGUGCGCCAUCCCACUGCCGCCACUAGAUGCCGACUACGGGGACCCACUCCUCAACCGGACCGAUCCUGGUGAGAGGGAACCACGGCCGGAUGGAACCUACCACAAUGAAACGACUCCGUAUUAUCCGGACGGAGGAACAACACCAGUGCCACCCUUCUAUCCGGGGAUCCGCUAUCCCGUUGAGGGUCCUCCGGGUCCUCAGGGCCUACCCGGUCCUCCUGGAUUUCCCGGACUUAAAGGAGACAAGGGAGACCCGGGGAGGGACGGACUUGCCGGCACGGCUGGGCAACCUGGCGCCCCUGGACAUGUUUUUAUGAUACCAUAUCCGAGAGCCGGGGACAACAAAGGUCCUGACCACACCGAACCUCUGCGAGAGAUGCUCAGCCAGCACAUGAUGGCAAUGAGGGGUGCCCCUGGACCUAUGGGGUUGACUGGCCUACAUGGACCUGUGGGUCCAACGGGGCCACCUGGUGAGAAAGGGGAGCGUGGAGAACAAGGUGACGUGGGACCGAGAGGAAUGCGGGGCCAACAAGGAACAUCUGGAAAGCCGGGAAGACGGGGACGGAGUGGCAAGGACGGCGAACGCGGAAAGCCAGGGCCUCCGGGUCCAAAGGGCAAUGUAGGCCUUCCGGGUGUUCCAGGUCUGCCGGGAGAGAAAGGUGAAAGGGGUUUCAUAGGUGCGCCCGGUGACCAGGGCCUGGUAGGACACGAAGGGCCUCCGGGUGACGAUGGCGCUACAGGGCUUCCCGGACUUCCUGGAGAGAUGGGUCCACGAGGAUUCCCUGGGCCGCGCGGAUUCGUUGGACUCCCAGGACCACCUGGGAUACCGGGAGCAGAAGGGCCUGUGGGACCAAAGGGUAACACGGGUCCUCCAGGUGGACCUGGGCAGCCAGGGCAGCAAGGGAUGCAGGGCCCGGUGGGGUCACCAGGCCCUCAGGGCCUCCUAGGACCAUUGGGACCACAGGGGCCUAGAGGAAAACCAGGGCUUCCAGGUCUCCCAGGAGCGGAUGGAAUGCCAGGACCACCAGGAAGUGCUGGUCCACCCGGUGGUAAAGGUGAUAUGGGACAAGCUGGACAACAGGGACCAACAGGAUUCCCAGGUCCCCGCGGCGUGAAGGGUGACGACGGUCCACGAGGGCCUCCAGGUGACAAAGGGGAUAAGGGUGCACCCGGAGUGGACGGCCAAAAAGGUGACCAUGGACUUAAUGGUGAGCGAGGUCCUCCGGGUACCGAGGGUGGACAAGGAAUAGAAGGCCCUGAAGGCCCCAAGGGAUUUGAGGGACCUCGAGGAGAGAAAGGGCCGCCAGGACCACCAGGUGAAAAGGGCAAACUGGGUAUUCCGGGAUUCCCAGGAUAUCCAGGAACGACUGGACCGAAGGGCGAGAAAGGAUUUCAUGGGAAGCCCGGAGAGAAGGGGGACAAAGGUGACCGGGGACCACCAGGUCAACCUGGAGAGCGAGGACAAAUUGGACCACGGGGAAACAGAGGCCAGAGAGGAAGAGUCGGAAAAAGAGGGGCACCCGGAGAAAAGGGCAGCACCGGGGAGCCUGGACCUACUGGUAUUCAGGGCGAGAGGGGACCCCAAGGCCCUGAAGGCGCGAGAGGCUUUAUGGGAGUGCCAGGAUCACCUGGGGCGGCGGGAAAGGACGGGCUUCCGGGACCUCCAGGUGAACGAGGGCCACCCGGUGAAACCGGCACAGCAGGACCUCCAGGGCCACCUGGCGUCAUCGGACCGGCGGGCCCACCCGGGGAAACAGGAGCCUCCGGUGACAUCGGACCACCUGGUCGUCCGGGUGUUCCGGGUGAGACAGGCCUGCCUGGACCAGCUGGAAAAGAGGGUCCGACGGGUCCUGUUGGCCUUCCGGGCAACAAAGGCCCUCCUGGGCCUCCAGGUCCUCCAGGCUUUCCAGGAGAAAGGGGGAACAUGGGGCCACCGGGGUUCCCCGGUCCUAAAGGUGAAAUUGGGCUUCCAGGAGCGCUCGGGCCACCCGGUGAUAAAGGUGACAUUGGCCUACCUGGUGACCCCGGGCCUGUGGGUGAGAAGGGACGGAAUGGUGCCAUCGGUCCACCGGGGCCAUUGGGUCCAAAGGGAGACAAGGGUGACAUGGGAGGUCUUGGUCCUCUUGGUAGAGACGGACUUCCGGGAGCAAGGGGGCUUCCGGGACCAGCGGGACCCAUUGGAGCACCAGGAGAGGAUGGAGACAAGGGUGACUCAGGCCUGCCUGGUCUGAAAGGGCUGAAAGGUACCAAGGGUGAUACGGGGCCUCCUGGUGUGGCUGGGCCACAAGGACUGAGGGGAGAGCCCGGCGUACCAGGCGCGGAAGGCGAGCAAGGUUUGCGAGGUCCCGCUGGACCUCAAGGAAGCAAGGGAGAGGAUGGUCCUAUAGGAGCCCCUGGUAGUGCCGGUGCCCCUGGACUGCAGGGUCUUCCUGGUGCUCGGGGUGGGAAAGGUGACAAAGGAGACGUAGGCAAGAGGGGUCCUCCUGGACCAACUGGAAUGCCAGGUGGACCAGGUCCUAUAGGAGCGAAGGGCGGCGAAGGUAUGCCUGGUACCACGGGGCCUGAAGGUCCUCAGGGGCAAAAGGGAGACGACGGAGCGCCUGGCCUUCCGGGACCACCGGGCAAAGACGGCGAACAGGGAUCGAGAGGUCCUCCGGGCCCUAAAGGUGAAGAAGGGAAGCCUGGUCUUCAGGGCGUACCUGGUCUCAAAGGGCCACCUGGCCCCGAAGGGUCGAAAGGUUCACCCGGCGCGCCAGGCUUUCCUGGGCCUCCGGGGGCCGCUGGGUUGCCUGGAAUAAAGGGCGAAAGAGGCAGUGACGGAGUCGAUGGUCAACCAGGGGUGGCUGGUGAGAUGGGUCCAAAAGGCGAAAUGGGAAAGAUGGGAACUCCUGGAGCACCUGGAAAGCCGGGUCCAAUGGGUCCUGCUGGCUCGCAAGGGGACAUUGGCCUUCCUGGAGACAAAGGUGACAAGGGCGAGAUGGGGCCACUGGGACUCCAAGGGAUCGCAGGACCACCGGGUCCACCAGGACCAUCUGGACCACAAGGUCUUCGAGGGUCUCCGGGUGUUGCAGGUGACGUUGGAGCCCCUGGCUUAGUGGGGCCGCCUGGCAGACCUGGAAGUACGGGUGCGCCAGGUGAAAAGGGCAUGAAGGGUGAUCGAGGAAAACGUGGCUUCAAGGGUCACAGUGGUCUGCUAGGAAGGACCGGUGCCAAAGGCGACGUCGGUGAAAAGGGAGAAAAAGGUCAGCGUGGAGACACCGGACCCCCCGGACCUCCGGGACCCCAGGGACCCAUAGGAAUGGAAGGCCCGAAAGGUUCCGAUGGACCGCAAGGAGAGCCGGGUCUCGAAGGCAUUCCGGGUCCUAAAGGCGUUCAGGGACCAGCGGGAAAUAAGGGGGAAACAGGACCACAAGGACCUAUUGGGCCUCCGGGCCCGCCAGGAGAAGGACCCCAGAUACCUCCGGAGAUGCUGUUCCAGAGGGACCAUUCCUACAGGUUUAAACGCAGUGUCGAAAAACUUAACAUUAACGAUGAAGACACCGUCACGGCCACCACCAGUAAAAGUGAUUAUGAUGACGACGACGACGUCGAUGAACACAACUCCACGAUGACAGCAGAACCUCUGACCAAAGCAUCAUUCCAGAAGAUCAACCGCACGCUGACACACAUUUUUGCCAAUGUGUACAUCAUGCGUCGCGAGAUUGAACACAUCCGGCGGCCUGUUGGUUCACAGCUUAAUCCGGCCAGGUCGUGCCGUGACCUGAGACUAGCGCACCCGGACACCUCCGACGGCUGGUAUUGGGUGGACCCUAAUCUGGGAGCAUCGGAUGACGCGGUGCGGGCCUACUGUGACAUGCGUGCCGGCGGCGAGACCUGCGUGUUCGCCGACGAAGACACGCACUCUGCCCGAAUUUUCAGGUGGAAGAAGCCUUCCCCUUCCGCAGUUGCUAACAGCUCGUCGACAUGGUUCAGCCACCUCAAGGGUGGUUUCAAGGUCCGCUAUCACGCCGUUGGUGAUGUUCAGCUGCGCUUUCUGGGGCUUCUGAGCACCACAGCCUACCAGAACUUUACUUUCGUUUGUAAAAACGUGAAUGCUUGGUACAGCCAACGAACCAAAGACCAUGCUAACGCACUUCGCUUCCGGGGUGGAGACGCUACUCUCAUCAGCUUCGAGAAGAAUAGCCCAACGGUACCUGUGGAUGACUGCCAGUACCGGGACGGCAAGACGGUAUUUGUGUUCAAGACGAAGGAACCAGCCACACUGCCCAUUGUAGACUUCCAGCCAUUCGACUUCGGCGGUGAACACCAGUCUUUUGGAUUCGAGAUUGGACCUGUUUGUUUUCAAUAAAGCCGACACUUUCUUUAC